AUGAAUCCCAGUGGUAGCCGUCAGGGCAACACUGAGGACGAACUGUUUCUACAACCAUCUCCCACACCAGCCGAACCGCCGAUCGUUGAACCUUUGCGCAUCGGAAAAAGAGAGAAUACUCCUUCACCAGCACAGCAUAAUGUUCUUCCAUACCCAGAUGACCGACCUAGGCUCCAUCAGAGCUCGGGCUCCAAUGGGUCGAGCCCGACGGUAGAUGGUGGAAGAAUAGGCUCUCCAGCCCAGAACAAUCAGUCUUCAACGCCGGCUGGCUCCGGCGCAUGGAGACCAUCUGAUUAUCCUCCCGCCUUGCGGCCGCGGGAUGGCCGUGAACCGAAACCAGCUACAUUGGCAGAGAGGCGGGGGAAUGCCCCCAAACCGCUGCCCGAGUCCCCCGGUCCUGAUUCCCCUGAUAGAGAAGGGUUGUUCGCCAGGAAGUAUCAACGGGUGCCGGCACCCCCGGCUCCCUUGAAUAGCAACUCCCAGCCGGAUAGCAGUGGGUAUAAAGAUUAUCGCCAGCAGUAUUGGCCACCUCCUCAACCUUCACCUGCCGCACGACCGGCUUCCGCGACACCGUCGCAGGGUCUACAACCGCCCAACAGCGCCAUCAAUCGCAUCAGCUCGACCGCCUCAACCUCAACUACACGAGCCCAGCGGGGGUCCCCGCCGCCACCGGAAACUCCAGUGGUUGGUCCUGGUCAACAGCCUGGCUCAGAUAUCGAGGCCCGGUACGCCGCCGCGGGAAUUGCAGGCACUUCCACACUGGCGGGCUUACAGUCACAAAGCGCUGCAGCGCAGAGAAGAGCAGAGCAAUAUGUUGGUCAACAGCCAAGGCAGCCGCAGCCGCAACCGCAGCAACUGCGGCAACAGGAACAGGAACAACUACCCGUGCGUCGUCCAUGGACCCCUACCGAACAGCCCGGAACACAGCCCCAUGGGCCACCUACCGUUUAUCAAGGUCCCAAUGUCGUGACCUCCGACAAUCCACCAGCAACUGCCCUUCCUCCUCAGCCUGUUGCCACCCCUCCCCAGCACAUCCAGCCUCAGCAGCAGUCUCGAAUCCCACAGAAUGCUCUGGAACAAGAUAUCGAGAGAAUGCGAAUUAGCUCUUCGCCACCCCCGGCAUAUUCCAGCGUAUCUGGGCCGGCUGCUUCGCAGGGAUUUCCAAAUGAGAAGCAACGCCCUGCAGCACAAAUGGCACCGUCAGGACCAAUGGCUGGACAUCCUGCGAUGGCCCCAACGAACGGGAUUGCUGCCGGUGGUGCCGCUAGUUCUGUUGCAGCCGCUGCUGCUGCCUCUCCUGCGCCGGUGACUUCACCCCAAGUUCAUCCUGCCUUCGCAAACGACCCUAGACAGCAGCUUUCAUCUGUACAGUCACCGCAAACUGUUGCUCAGAGUGCACAGCCAACCUUCCAGCAUAUACAAGUUAGUGCAUCACCCGCACCCUCAGGGAUUCCUCCGGCCUCUCCUCCUCCCCUUCCAGAAGGCUGGAUAGCGCAUCUUGACCCCAACUCGGGCCAAUACUACUAUAUACACCUUCCCACUCAAUCAACUCAAUGGGAAUUUCCCAAGGGCCCUACGCCCUUGAACCUCAAUGACACACCUCUGUCGCCAGUGGGAAGUGUAUAUAGCAGCCACCCUCUAUCCUCCCCCGGCCUGUCUGCGUUUGGCAAACCUCUGGUGUCCCCUGGUAUGCCAAUGACACCUGGAUACCCCGUGACACCAGGCUAUGAGAGUUUACAAUCCCCUAUAGUAGCGGGAUUUAGUGGUCCCCCGCCUAGUAGCGGAGUCGAUCUGUAUAAGGUUGCCCCGACAAAUGGUGUUUACUUUGGCCCGUAUCUUCGGUAUACCAAUAUGGAUUUAGAACGUGGUCUCUGGCUGGGCUCUAUUCUCUUGGUGACCGAUGCUGCACAACCCCCAACAAUACAUAUCCAUCAAAGUGUUGAUCUGUCACCCAGCCCCCGGCAACUGAAAGCAACUAACAUCGCAGUCCAUCAACGAUGGACUUUCUACAAGUAUGAGAUUGACUUGAAAAUGGACGAGUCCGGCCCUGCCAAAUGGACUUAUGCUAUCACGUCACACCUUGGCUGUACCCGCUAUGAGUUCUUGGUCGCCGGUCGAUAUGAGACCAACUGGCGCUUCAUCUCGACGUCUGGGAACGACUUUUCUCUCAAUGUGAAUGCUAACGACCGCGCCCGUCUCGGAGGGGUGGGCUUUAUGUGGAAGGAUAUCAUGCAGAAGCAUAAUGAGAUCGGAGGAUUCCAUACACAAUUGUCUUUGGGAGGUCAAAUCUACGCGGAUCGGAUGUGGAAGGAGAUUCCGUCUCUAAGACAGUGGCUGACGAUCAGAGGAAAGGAGGCCAGAAAGACCACACCCUGGACUGCAGCCCAUGAGGAGGAUGUCUCCCAUGCCUACUUCCACUACUAUACGAGCCACUUUGACCAGCCCUACCUGCGGGAAGCAUUUGCUCAAAUUCCUUACGUCUGCCAGAUCGAUGAUCAUGACAUCUUUGAUGGAUUCGGUUCAUAUCCCGAACAUAUGCAAUUCUCGAACAUGUUCAAGAAUAUUGGCCGGCUUGGCAUCGAGAUGUAUCUGCUCUUUCAGCAUCAUACGACGUUGGACAUCCUCCGCAAUGUCAAUAAUGAUGUAGACUUAUUCACUAUCACGGGGACGGGCUGGCAUUUUGUCAAGUUCUUGGGACCGGCGGUUGCUGUCGUUGGCCCCGAUUGUCGAUCAGAGAGGAAUCCAUAUCAAGUCUUAGCUGGGCCAACAUAUCAGGGUAUCUUCCCUAGGGUAGCAAUGCUGCCACCCUCAGUGCAGCACUGUCUGUGGAUGCUGUCCGUGCCGAUUAUCUACCCACGGUUGGAAACUGCAGAGCAUAUCGCAAACACUGUCGCUACGGGGAAGAAAGCUGUGACUGGUGCGUACAAUGUUCUUGGGAAGGUCACUAGCUCUGUGGCCGGCGUAGUUGGUGCAAAGGAUAUGGUCGGUUCCGGGUUCGAUUCAGUCAAGCGAGCUGUGGGCAAGUCCGGCCUUAUGGGUGGGAUAUUGAGCCCUUUUGGGGAAUUUGAUCUCCUUGACGAAUUGCGAGACCAGUGGACUCAUGAAUCAAAGGACCUUGAGCGAACAUACCUCAUCCGCACUCUUCAGGGUAUUGCGCAUCAGAAGUCUCUUCGCAUGACAUUCCUAUCCGGUGCGGUCAAUGUCUGUGGUGCAGGCUUAGUACACGACCCAGGCCAUCCUUCAGACCACAAGACCAUGUAUCAACUUAUCUCAUCAUCGGUCGUGAACAGUCCACCUCCUUCCUAUGUCAUCAAAGUUCUCCAUGGAAAUAACAAACCCAUCUAUAUCCCUGCCAACGGCCACCGCUCCACUCCCUCGCAACCCACUGACACCAAGGAAGACAUGAUGGAGAUUUUCCAAACCGAUGUCACUGGCCAAGCACGCGAGCAUCGAAAGCUAAUGGGCCGUAGAAACUACGCUGCUAUCGUUGCGUAUGACCCAGAGGUCACCAGUGCACCAUACGGCCAGCCAACUCUGGGAAGCGGCAAGCUGAACCUUGCUGUGGACUUCAUGGUCCAGGGUGAUGGAACAUAUGGCAAUGUUGUCAAAUACGGGCCAGUCAUUGUUCCUAGCCUGCCACAUGGGAAAUGA